AAAAAUGCACGAAAAACUCCGGUUGUGUGCUGUGAGAGAAAGAAUAGGGGAAAGGUAGAGAAAGAUCGGACGCGUGAAGGUCUGAUCUAAUGAAUUAUGAGUGCAUGUCUGAGUAAAGGUCGAUUCUAGCAGCUAUGGUGUCGCGCGCGCGUUUGAAAGAGGCGUUUGAGUGAUUUUAUGAAUAGGAGUUUCUUUGACAGGCCUCGUCAGACUCGUCUUCAGCAUCGGACAUAGUGAGAGGCUCAUUUUCUGAUCUCGCCCGUGUUUUUGUCUGUGACUUUGUGGACAUGAAGAGGGUUAAUAGUUUCCAGAGGUUUAUGAACAGCCGGGCGGCUGCCAACUGCCGCUACAAACCCACAUGUUAUGAGCAUGCGGCCAACUGCUACACCCACGCCCUCUUGAUCGUCCCAGCGUUUGUGGGCAUGGCUCUGUUAUACCGGCUGUCCGAUGAUCGCUGGGAACGCAUCACGGCCUGGGUGUACGGCAUGGGUCUGAUCGGCCUGUUCCUCGUCUCCACCGUCUUUCACAUCAUCUCGUGGAAAAAGAGCCACAUGAGGAACAUGGAGCACUGCUUCCACAUGUGUGACCGAGUGGUUAUAUACUUCUUCAUCGCUGCCUCUUAUACGCCGUGGCUGAAUCUACGCGAGCUCGGCCCUCUGGCCUCUCACAUGAGAUGGUUCGUGUGGCUGAUGGCGGCCGCGGGAACAAUCUACGUGUUUAACUAUCAUGAGAAGUAUAAAUUAGUGGAGUUGGCCUUCUAUCUGACCAUGGGUUUUUUCCCGGCUCUGGUGGUCACAUCAAUGAGUAACACAGAUGGAUUGUAUGAGCUGGCAUUCGGGGGUUUCGUCUACUGCCUGGGCGUCGUCUUUUUCAAAUCAGACGGCGUGAUUCCGUUCGCUCACGCCAUCUGGCACGUGUUUGUGGCGCUGGCUGCCUCCAUCCACUAUUACGCCAUCUGGAAAUACCUGUACCGCAGUCCCCUGCCCGAAGACAUCAGAGAUGCCUGAACGCUUCACACGUCUCCUCAUCCUUUCCUCUGACCUGCAUCUUUCUCACGCCUCCUCUGUCUCUCUCACUCCAUGCUAACACCACAUUGAACGGCAACUAGAAAAGUUUACCAGUACGACCAUGCAAUGUUUACGGUUUUCUAACCAUCCCAGAACCGCGUGUGUGUGUGUGUGUGUUUGUCAGUAUUAUGUAAAUAUUGUAGUGAAAAUAGACUAUGAAUUGCUUUCUUGAAAAGAUUGUAAUGAUCUGCGUGCAUUCUGACACAUGCACACACACAUCUGGUAUAAAUGUGUAUUUCAUGUAAUGAAUAAUUGAGAUAUUCAUGUUUUCUGGUUUAGUUUUCAGGACAUAAAGUGUAUUUUUGCAUCAAAAUUCACUUUACUUUUACCUCAGCCGGUUGUUUUCUAUAAAGUUCUUGUGGUUUUUCUACACUCUACACACUGGAUGUUUCCUUCCCUCAUAUUCGGCUCCUGCACCUUCAGCAGAUUUUAGUGUUGCGCAGGGCGUUGUUUUCUGUGCUGCACUUUUGUAACGCAGAACCACUUUGAUAUUCCAUUUUUCUCAUGUGAGUGUGUAUUUGAGACGGAGUGAGGGGUGCAAACUGUCAUGCACAGGCAGGUUUACAAAAUUGAACAGAUUUUUUUGGCCGCACCAAACAGACCAGCGGGAUUUAUAAUGACAAAAUAUUGAAAGAGAAUAGGCCGAGUUGACAAAUAAGUAAAUAAAAAAUGACAUGAAAGUCUAGGUUUCUUCACAACAACAGAAGAAAAACACGGAUUGCAUCACAUUUAGCCUAUUUUUAACUUUUUGCAUUGGUGUUAUUUGCAGUUUUUCAAUAUUGGUAUGUGAUUUUUUUUAUAGGAUGAUGAUGAUUUAGAUUUUUAGUCACAAUAACUCAUGAUGUUUCAUCGGCCAAAGCACUUGUGAACAGUUGAAUAAAUUUCACAUAUACUGCACUUUAUUUCCCAUGAUCCUCUUCACAUCUCCUCGCGUGUGCAGGCAUGAUGGGAAAUGAAGUGUAGAUUCUUUAUGGCCUCAGCAUCUUCAUUCCAAAGACCGUGUUGUGUUUCUCUUGCAUUUCUGCAGAAAACAUGUGUGACACUGUGAAUUGAAUCAGCUGUGAUCUGUUUGAUCCUGUGAUCUGAUUUCAGAGCUCUGAUGAUGUAAAUGUUUAAAGUUGCUGCUGUAUCUGUGUAUUCUUGUGUAUUUAAAUGAAGACAUACACUUUUGUGUAAUAUUCCAUUGCGUUUCAUUUGUGAGAGUGUUUGAUUUGUGUUUGGACCGCAUGUUUUUGAUGAACUGUACUCGGGGACAAAUUAACUUUUGUAAAACUUUCUACAUCUGUUUUGGCACAUGAUUCUUCUGCAGUGCUCUUUUCCAGUCGGACUUUAAACUACUGACGCUUCUGCUGUUCUCAUUACACACGGUGUUUUGGUGCUGGUGUCACGAGACUGUAUGUGUCCGGGAUUUAAUUUUUAAUAAAAGACAGCAGCAACAGAA